GUGAGUGAGUAGGCGCCGUUCUUCGCUGUUGCUCAGCAGCCUCACUUCCCGAGGUCUUCCUGCGCUCGGACUCGCCCUGGAGUCACGAAGGCGUCGGAAAUUCCGGUGCCUGAGCCAGCGUAGGGGAAUCUUCGCGGCACCGGAGCCCCGCUGAUCUCUUGCCAGAGUCUCCUCGGUGCUAAGGAAGCGGACCUCUUGCGGCAUCUCCAGAGCUCGGACACCAGCCGUCGUCUCCUGGGCAUCUUUUAAGGCCUGCAGAGAAGCGAAGAGAUGGGGCCCAGAGAGGCGAAGCCACUAGUUGAACUGGGGAGUGACAGGGUCAGAUCUCAAACCUAAAGCCUGACCUUUGCCUGCAACAAAGGUGAGCCAGAAGGAGGAAAAUGACCUUGAGGGCAGGAGUACCGGCUCUGCUGAAGAGGAGUUGAAGGGCACAGGUGCGGCUGGUGAUUGCUGAGAAGGGCCUGGCGUGUGAGGAGCGGGACGUGAGCCUGCCGCAGAGCGAGCACAAGGAGCCGUGGUUCAUGCGGCUCAACCUGGGGGAGGAGGUGCCCGUCAUCAUCCACCGGGACAACAUCAUCAGUGACUACGACCAGAUCAUCGACUACGUGGAGCGGACCUUCACGGGAGAGCACGUGGUGGCCCUGAUGCCAGAGGCGGGCAGCCCCCAGCACGCGAGGGUGCUGCAGUACCGAGAGCUGCUGGAUGCGCUGCCCAUGGACGCCUACACGCACGGCUGCAUCCUACACCCCGAGCUCACCACGGACUCCAUGAUCCCCAAGUACGCCACGGCCGAGAUCCGCAGACAUUUAGCCAAUGCCACUACAGACCUCAUGAAAUUGGACCAUGAAGAGGAGCCCCAGCUCUCUGAGCCCUACCUUUCCAAACAGAAGAAGCUCAUGGCCAAGAUCCUGGAGCACGAUGAUGUGAGCUACCUGAAGAAGAUCCUCGGGGAGCUGGCCAUGGUGCUGGACCAGAUAGAGGCGGAGCUGGAGAAGAGGAAGCUGGAGAAUGAGGGACAGAAAUGUGAGCUGUGGCUCUGUGGCUGUGCCUUCACCCUCGCCGAUGUCCUCCUGGGAGCCACCCUGCACCGCCUCAAGUUCCUGGGACUGUCCAAGAAAUACUGGGAAGAUGGCAGCCGGCCCAACCUGCAGUCCUUCUUUGAGAGGGUCCAGAGGCGCUUGGCUUUCCGGAAAGUCCUCGGCGACAUCCAUACCACCCUGCUGUCGGCCGUCAUCCCCAACGCGUUCCGGCUGGUCAAGCGGAAACCCCCAUCUUUCUUUGGGGCGUCCUUCCUCAUGGGUUCCCUGGGGGGGAUGGGCUACUUUGCCUACUGGUACCUCAAGAAAAAAUACAUCUAGAGCCAGGCCCGGGCUCGGUGCCUGCCGGUGUCUCUGUACUGUGUGAUUCCCAGCAAGCUCUCAGUAACGCACUGUCUCAUGAACACUGGACAGCCACUCCCCACCCUGUUUGGAGUAA